AUGUCUAACACGUUAGUGAGUUGUAAACGCUUAUUUCAAACUGUUCGACCAACAGUUGCAGUACGCGUUCGUUUUGCACCCAGCCCAACGGGAUAUCUCCAUCUUGGAGGUUUAAGGACAGCUUUGUUUAAUUAUUUGUUAGCACAAAAAACUGGAGGUGUUUUUAUUUUGAGAAUAGAAGAUACCGAUAGGGAACGUUAUGUUCCUGGAUCUGUGGAACGUUUGAUAUCUAUAUUAUCGUGGUCCGGGCUAACUUUUGAUGAAGGACCUGGUAAAAUCGGAUCUCAUGGCUCAUAUUAUCAGUCCGAACGAACUGAUAUAUAUAAAUAUCAUGUGGACAAACUAAUUAAAGAGGGAAACGCAUAUAGGUGUUUUUGUACUCCAGAGAGGCUCAAGCAAAUUCGGUCACUUGCACAAAAGGCCGGUAAAGGUAUUGCGUAUGAUCGUCAUUGCCUAUAUCUGAGCAAAAGAGAUAUUGACCAAAAUUUGGCACAAGGGGUUCCUUAUACUGUUCGACUUAAGACACCGGACGGUUCUGUAACCAUAAAAGACCUGACAUAUGGUAACAUUAUAUUCAACGAUAAGCAUAUCGAUGAUACUAUUUUAUUGAAAAGUGAUGGAUAUCCAACUUAUCAUUUGGCGAACGUCAUCGAUGAUCAUUUGAUGGGAAUCACACACGUUUUACGCGGUGAGGAGUGGCUAUCCUCGACACCAAAACAUGUAGCUCUUUAUAAGGCAUUAGGAUGGAACUUACCUGAAUUUGUGCACUUACCUUUAUUGUUUAAUCCGGAUAGAACAAAGCUAUCAAAGCGAUCCGGUGAUGUUAAUGUUGAAGACCUUGCGAAAAGGGGUUAUUUGCCUGAAGCGUUAAUAAAUUUUGUUGCGUUAUUAGGAUGGAGCUCAUCAAGUGGGAAAAAAGAUGAAAUAUUUACUUUGGAUGAACUGAUAGCUGAGUUUUCAUUAGAACAUAUUGGCAGGUCAGGCGCUAUUGUAAUGCGCGAGAAACUUGAUUGGCUGAAUAAACAACAUUUGAUUCGUAAAAGUGAAUCCCAAGACGGAUUGGCAGAGUUGGUUUCAUUAUUAAAACCAUUGGCAUAUGAACGAUUUGGCAAACAGUUUAAUGAAGCUGAUAAAAAAUACAAACUUGGAGAUGAAUAUCUUUCCAAGGUUAUCAUGACAAUUAAAGAUCGAAUACAAAAUAUAAAAGAUAUACCAGAAUUAUGUGGAUAUUUUUUUGUUCACCCUGAUUAUUCUUCGCCAGAAUCCAAAGCUGUCAGAUUAAGUAUUCAAGACAAUGAUUUAAAACUAGUAGCUAUGGUUGCGUUAGAACAAAUCAAUAUUCUUAAUAAAACCGAGUUUGAGGUUGAUACUAUUAAAUCUGUUGUUAAUAAUAUCAUUUCAAUUAGUCAGCUUAAACAAAAUCAAGUUUUGAUGAUUUUGAGAUAUAUUAUUACUGGAGUUAAGAUCGGGGCUGGUGUUGUUGAAACAAUGAAAACGAUUGGAAAAGAUAUAAUUCUACAACGUAUUAAUAGGGUUCUUGAUUUGAUAAAUUAG